GGUGCUGGACGGGAGCGCGUCCGGAGACGCAGACCUCGGGGAAUGACGGCCCUCCUCCCGCGCCCCGCGCUCGGCUGCCAUUUCUCUCCAUCAUUGCUCCGCUUAGCGUUUAAAGACGCGCGAAGGAAGCAACCGGGAGCGUGGGCGUCCAGACUCUCCCGACCAGGCCCGCCCUUCGGCCCCACCCAGCUCGCGCCGCCCCGGUCUCUGUCCAGCGCCGGCACACCCUUCCCUGAAGCCAGUGAGGCCUGGGACGCGUGCGGGACGGGCACGCCCGCAAAGGCGUGGAUACUGGGCCCAGAAGAAGUAACCGCCAUUUCCCCCAGCAAGCGGGCCCGGCCUGCGGAGGAUGGCGGCUUGCGGCUCCGCUUUGUUCGACUAUCGGAGCACGCCACGGCCCCGACCCGGGGGUCCGCGCGGGCCGCAGGCUAUGACCUGUACAGUGCCUAUGAUUAUAUAGUACCACCUAUGGAGAAAGCCCUUGUGAAAACAGACAUUCAGAUAGCUCUUCCUUCUGGGUGCUAUGGAAGAAUAGCUCCACGUUCUGGCCUGGCUGCAAAAUACUUCAUAGAUGUAGGAGCUGGUGUCAUAGAUGAAGAUUAUAGAGGAAAUAUUGGUGUUGUGUUAUUUAAUUUUGGCAAAGAGAAGUUUGAAGUAAAAAAAGGUGAUCGAAUAGCACAGCUCAUUUGUGAACGGAUUUUUUAUCCAGAUAUAGAAGAAGUUCAAGUGUUGAAUGACACUGAAAGGGGUUCAGGAGGUUUUGGUUCUACUGGAAAGAAUUAAAAUAUAGGUCAAGUAUAGAAAAAUGUUACUUUCUCUUAAAAAUAAAGACUUUCUGCUUAAAGUGUUAGUAUUUUGCACGACUGAAAAGCUAGCUUUAGCUUCUGAAAGUUUAUUUUCUUACAAUAAAGGAAAGAGUUUCUUUGUUAGUAUCA